UCACAAAUGCAUUUGUCGCACCUGCUGACAAUUCAAAGGAAAAUGCCGAAAACCUGUACUAAGGCAACAACGCUGUCACGUUUAGGCAAUUACAGAUACCACUGAGAUAUUGAAACCCAGUGUUGAUGUUUUCAGGUACUGUCAUGAGACUCUUUCCCAACAACUUACGCCUCUCAUAAUAAACUAAUCAGCUGAUAAAUAACUCCAGAAUAGUUUAAGCAUGUUUCACCGCAUGAAGAAAGACAAGGAGAAGGAUAAGGACUUGGGUAAGAAGGAAAAGAAAGACAAGAGAGACAAGAAAGAACGUAUGUCUCAGUCUGAGUUAAAGAGUCUAGAAGAGAUGAGCAUACGUAGAGGCUUCUUCCCACUUAAUCGAAGAAACUCCAAGAAGGACUCUAGGAGCAAGCUGGAGAUCUCUAGUCCUAUCCCAAUUAAGGUGGCUAGUAACACAGAACUCUCCCUGACUGACCUUGAUGCUGAGCAGCAUCACAAGACCGUGGAGCAGAGAGUGGGCCAACUAAGUGCAAUUACCUCUGAAGAUGUGACGGGAAAUGAGGUGGAAAGUAAUCGCAGCUCUGUGAAGGAGAGAGCAGCUAAAUUUGGGGAACUGGCCAAGAUGAAUACAGUGGUGGGCCAGAGGAAAAUAACCACCCUUUCUCAGGUGACCAAAAAGGACAAUGCUUUGGAGGCUUCAACUCUUUCUGGGCAUAACUGGACUGCACCUUUUACAAAGUUACACCCUAGUUCAAAGGGCACCAUCACAGUUCAAAUUCCUGAGAUUGUGGAGAAAACCUUCCCUGGUGCAGACCUACAGUUACCUGCACUUGUCUCUCCGCCAGCACCAGAUCCAAGAGAACUUGAGCUACAGCGACGCAGCACUGGGGAUUUCGGCUUCUCUUUGCGGAGGACCACCAUGCUAGACAGACAGCCUGAUGGUGGAGUGUGCCGGCGUUUGGUGCAUUUUGCCGAACCAGGUGUUGGGACCAAGGACCGGGCUCUGGGCCUGGUGCCAGGAGACAAACUAGUAGAAAUCAAUGGGGUCAACGUGGAGAACAAAAACAGGGAUGAGAUAGUGGAGAUGAUUCGUCAGUCUGGAGAGUCAGUACGGCUAAAGGUGCAGCCAAUUCUCGAGCUGAGUGAGCUGAGCCGCAGUUGGCUGAGGACCACUGAAGGCCCGAACAAAGAUCGCAUCAGAGGCUACAAAACUUCUCAGGGAAAGACUGAGGAACAGCUAACAGCAGAGAGAACCUGGUAUAACACUGAAAAAGUAUGGCUUGUCCACAAGGAUGGAUUUUCCUUGGCAACGCUUCUGAAGACGGAGGCAGGCAGUCUGCCAGAGGGGAAGGUGAAAAUCCGCCUGGAGAGUGAUGGAUCUUUAUUGGAAGUGGAUGAAGAUGAUGUAGAGAAGGCAAACCCUCCAAUGUUUGACCGAGUGGAGGACCUGGCCUCUCUGCAGUAUCUGAAUGAGUCGAGCGUGAUGCACUCUCUGAGGCAGCGGUAUGGCAGUAACCUGGUGCACACCCACGCUGGGCCCAACAUGGUGGUCAUUAACCCCAUUAGUGCCCCUUCAGUGUACUCGGAGAAGGUGAUUCAAAUGUUUAAGGGCUGCAGAAGGGAUGACACUGCUCCUCACAUUUAUGGCUUAGCACAAGCUGCCUACAGGAACCUGCUGACGACUCGCCAGGAUCAGUCCAUAGUAUUGCUGGGCAAGAGUGGAAGUGGCAAGACCACUAACUGUCAACACAUCAUCCAGUAUCUGGUUACGGUAGCAGGAAGCACCAACAGAACAUUCUCCACGGAAAAAUGGCAGGCAGUCUAUACUGUUUUGGAGGCUUUUGGGAAUGCUUCUACUUGCAUGAAUGGGAACGCUAGUCGUUUCACCCAUAUCGUUUCCUUGGACUUUGACCAAGCAGGCCUGGUGACGUCAGCCUCAAUCCAGACAAUGCUUUUGGAGAAGAUGAGAGUGACAAGAAGACCAGAUGGAGAGUCCACUUUUAAUGUUUUUUACUACCUGAUGGCUGGAGUAGAUAGCUCUCUGAGAACCGAGCUGCACCUUAACCAUUUUGCUGAAAACAGUGCGUUUGGAAUCACACCACAAACUAAGGCAGAGGAUAAACAGCGGGCCUCCCAGCAGUUUUCCAAACUGCAAGCAGCCAUGAAAGUUCUGGGGAUCAGUGCUGAUGAGCAGAGGGCCCUCUGGCUCAUCCUUGGGGCCAUCUACCACCUUGGGGCUGCAGGAGCUACUAAGGCUGGCAGGAAACAAUUUGCACGUCAUGAGUGGGCCCAGAAGGCAGCCUACCUGCUGGGCUGCACCCUGGAGGAGCUCUCCUCUUCCAUCUUCAAGCACCAGGCCAAGGGCACCCUGCCCAGAGCCAGCACCAUUCGGCAGGCUUCUGACGAAAAUGGCACAGCAGAUGCAGGAUCCAAAGCCACAGCCAUUGAGUGUUUAGAAGCCAUGGCAUCUGGGCUUUACUCUGAACUCUUCACUGUCGUCAUUUCUUUAGUAAAUCGGGCUCUGAAAUCCAGCCAGCACUCCCUGUGCUCUCUGAUCAUUGUGGACACACCAGGCUUUCAAAACCCAAGGCUGGGUAAACGCGAAUGUGGUGCAACCUUUGAGGACCUAUGCCACAACUACACUCAAGAGCGUCUGCAGACCCUCUUCUACCAGCGUACUUUUGUUCAGGAGCUGGAGAGAUACAAAGAGGAAAACAUAGAACUUUCCUUGGAUGACACAGAAACCAGCACGUCUCUGUCUGUGGCAGUGGUAGACCAGCCCUCGAGUCAAGCACUGGUACGAACAGGACGAACAGAUGAGGCCCGGGGCCUGUUGUGGUUGAUGGAGGAGGAGGCACUGCAGCCUGGGGGAUCAGAGGAAACGCUGCUGGGACGCCUGUUUAGCUACUACGGACCUGCUGAGGGCGAGAGUAAAGGUCACACUUUCCUGCUGAAGAGUGAAAAAGACCAUCAUUUCCUGCUGGGCCACAGCCAUGGAACCGACUGGGUGGAGUAUGAUACACGUGGAUGGCUCAACUAUGCCAAGCAGAAUCCUGCCUCUACCAAUGCUGCGUGCCUCCUACAGGACUCGCAGAAAAAGAUCAUCAGCUCAUUGCUAAUGAGCCGAGCAGGCGGAGCCACUGUUUUGUCCGGGUCCAUUGCUGGCCUUGAAGGGGUUUCCCAACUGUCUUUGCGGCGGGCUACUAGCAUGAGGAAGUCUUUCAUCACAGGAGUAGCUGCUAUCAAGAAGAAGUCCUUGUGCAUUCAGAUAAAGCUUCAAGUGGAUGCUCUCCUUGACAUGGUGCGGAGGUCCAGGAUUCAGUUUGUUCACUGCAUAUUGCCCAAGGCGGAUGCCCUCAAGGCGCUGAGUGGAUCUCUGUUCAAAGGAGUGGAAUGUGAGGCUCAAGGGGAGAGUGGAGAUCCUAGUUUAAUGCAGCUAGAUGUAGCCUUGCUCCGCGCUCAGAUACGUGGAUCUAAGCUACUUGAUGCUCUACGAAUUUACAGACAAGGUUACCCUGAUCACAUGGUGUUCUCUGAGUUUCGACGGCGCUUUGAUGUGCUGGCACCACAUCUCACCAAGAAGCACGGAAGAAAUUAUAUCGUGAAGGACGAGAAGAGAGCUGUAGAGGAGCUAUUGGAGUCCUUGGAUUUGGAGAAGAGCAGCUACCACAUGGGUCUGAGCAGGUUGUUCUUCAGAGCUGGAACCUUGGCUAAGCUGGAGGAACAGAGGGAUGAGCAGACCAAGCGUAAUCUAACCCUCUUCCAAGCUGCCUGCAGAGGUUACCUGGCACGGCAAGCCUUCAAGAAGAGAAAGAUUCAGGAUUUAGCAAUCCGGUGUAUUCAAAAAAACAUCACGAAGAACCGUGGCGUGAAGGACUGGCCAUGGUGGAAGCUCUUUACCACAGUCCAGCCCCUCAUUAAAGUCCAGCUCACAGAGGAACAGAUGCGGAAUAAAGACGAGGAGAUUCAGCAGCAGAAAUUGAAGCUCGAGAGAGUGGAGAAAGAGCGAAAUGAGCUGAGACUCAAUACAGAUCAAUUGGAGAGCAGGAUUGCAGACUUGCUGGCAGAGCUCGCUGAUGAGAGAAGUGCAAGUGAGUCAGCAUCCCAAUUGCUGGAGGCUGAGACUUCAGAGAGAUUACGCUUGGAGAAGGAUAUGAAGGAUCUACAGGUGAAGUUUGACGCCAUGAAGAAACAGUUAGAAUCACAGGAGAUGGAGGUGAUGGAAGCACGACUGCUGAAAACAUCAGAGCUAAAUGGGGAGAUGGACAAUGAUGAUGACAACGAUGCUGGAGGAGAGUGGCGGAUAAAAUACAACCGAGCCAUUCGUGAAAUGGACUUUACCAAAAAGAAACUCCAGCAGGAGUUUGAUGACAAGCUGGAGACAGAACAGCAGAGCAAAAGACAUCUAGAGAGAAAGCUGGCUGAUUUGCAGACAGAUAAUGAGGAUUUGCAGCGCUCUGUGCAGCAGCUGAAGAAAAAGUGCCAGAAACUGACUGCUGAGCUGCAGGACACCAAGCUUCAUCUGGAGGGCCUACAGAGCCGCAACCAUGAUCUGGAGAAGAAGCAGAGGAAAUUUGACCUGGAGCAGAACCAGGCUCAGGCUGAGGUACAGAGGGAAAAGAGCCAGAGGGAGAAGCUGGCUCGAGAGAAAGACAUAAUGACUGGCGAGAUGUUUAACCUCCGCCAGCAGCUGCAGGACAAGGACACGGAAUUGUGUGCCAUGAAUGUGAAGGUGCAACAACUGGAGGCAGAGCUACAGGAUCUGUCCUCCCAGGAGUCUAAGGAUGAGGCCUCGCUUGCCAAGGUCAAGAAGCAGCUUCGUGACCUCGAGGCCAAGGUGAAAGACCAGGAGGAGGAGCUGGAUGAACAAGCUGGAACUAUCCAAAUGCUUGAGCAGGCUAAGCUGCGGCUUGAGAUGGAGAUGGCGAGGCAGCGGCAGACCCACUCUAAAGAGAUUGAGAGUAAGGAGGAAGAGGUCGAGGAGAUCAGGCGAUCUUGCAGUAAGAAGCUGAAACAGAUGGAGGUACAGCUGGAAGAGGAGUAUGAAGACAAGCAAAAAGUAUUGCGUGAGAGAAGAGAGAUGGAGUCCAAACUGCUGAAUGCUCAGGACCAGGUGAGCCAGAAGGAUGUGGAGACAGAGAAGAGGCUGAGGAAAGACCUGAAGAGAACUAAAGUCCUUCUGGCUGAUGCACAGAUUAUGCUGGACCACCUAAAGAGUAAUGCCCCCAGCAAGAGGGAGAUCGCUCAGCUCAAAAAUCAACUCGAGGAGUCAGAGUUCACCUGUGCUGCAUCAGUGAAGGCUCGAAAGGGCAUGGAGCUUGAAAUAGAGGACUUGCAUAUCCAAAUGGAGGAUGUGGUCAAAGCUAAGAUGUCGUUGGAGGAGCAAGUCAGCCGUCUGCAAAGGGAGAAGAAUGACCUGCAGUCACGCAUGGAGGAGGAUCAGGAGGACAUGAAUGAGCUGAUGAAGAAACACAAGGCUGCAGUAGCCCAAUCUGCCAGGGACUUGAGCCAGAUCAGUGACCUGCAGGCCCAGCUGGAAGAAGCCACAAAGGAGAAGCAGGAGAUCCAGGAAAAGCUCCAUUCGCUACAGAACCAGUUAGAGUUCCAAGAGCAGUCCAUGGUGGAGAAGUCACUUGUGAGCCGUCAGGAGGCUAAAAUCCGUGAGCUGGAGACCAAACUGGAGUAUGAGAAAACGCAGGUUAAGCGCUUGGAGAGUCUGGUGGGUCGUCUGAAGGAGAAUCUUGAAAAGAUAACAGAGGAGAGAAACCAACGCAUUGCUGCAGAAAACAGGGAGAAGGACCAGAAUAAGCGCGUGCAGAGGCAGCUAAGGGACAUGAAGGAAGAAAUGGCGGAGCUGUCCAAGAAGGAGGCUGAGGCAAGCCGCAAGAAGCACGAGCUGGAAAUGGACAUCGAGAGCUUAGAGGCAGCAAAUCAGAGCUUACAAGUGGACCUUAAACUAGCCUUCAAGAGGAUCGGGGAUCUGCAGGCUGCCAUUGAGGAUGAGAUGGAGAGUGAUGACAAUGAUGACCUCAUUAACAGUUUGCAAGACAUGGUGACAAAGUAUCAGAAAAGAAAGAACAAAACUGGGGAGGAGACGGACACAGAUUCAGAAGUGGAGGAUCGUGUGGAUGGGGUUAAGUCGUGGCUCUCCAAGAACAAAGGCUCCACCAAGACCAUGCCAGAUGAGGGAAGUCUAAAGAGCACCAGAUAUUCAGCAAAUGCAGAUGCCAAAGAGAUGAAAGAAGGUAAGGAGAAGAUUAAUGACAAAGAUGGGAAAGAGGCAGAGCUGAGCAGAUCAGCGUCUGUCCUGAGCUCCCUAAGCUACCGGAAGCGCUCCAAUCUGAAGGACUCCAUAGGGGGUACAGGCGAUGACAGCUCCCUGUUCAACACUCUCAAAGAACAGCCUGACAUACCAGACCAUGCCUCCAUACGCAAGUCUAAGUCAAAGUCUGGAGAGCUCCAGGAAGAUCGGAAGCAGAGUUGGUCGCAGGAAGAUUUGGAUGACAAAGGCUCUGUCAUCUCUGUAGCCUAUUCUGAAGCCACCAGCAGAGCCAGGAAGGGUUUGGAGUCCCGCUGGACUUCCCGCAGCAGCCCUGAGUUUGAUAAGGAGUCCAUGGUAUCCUCUGCGGCUCCCAGCAGGAUGUCCACCAGGAGAUCCAUGAUGGACAUGGAUGAUGACAAUAAGUCCACUAUCAGCAGUGUGAGCCGGUCCAGCCCCCGAUCACUGCAUCGCAGCACAUCUUGGAAAGAUGAGAGACGCAGCAGCUCCCGCUUGUCCCUCGCCCGCAGCUGCGGCCUCAGUGAGUAUGGUCUACACGUAGAUGAUGACGACGAUGAUGAUGAAGGCAAGAGCGUGGCUUUUAGCAGAGGGAGAGCCUCACCUUACAGUCCCUGCUCUCUCAGUCGCAGUUGUUCUACACCAGCUCAGCCACGCUCCUCAGACAACAAUCCAGCUGACAUGUCUGACAUUAAAUUAGUCACCCAUCGCAACUACUUGGAUCCUGACCUAGAGGCUGCAAUUAAUGAGGUACUGAGCUUCAAACCUAUUAAGUUCAAGCGCAGCAAACUUGAUGAGUCUAGUGAUGAGGAUGUGGAUGAGAAGAUAAAACAACUAAGUGAGGACAGUAGGAAGAAGGUAGAAAAUGAGGGGCUGGGCUGCAGCACAUCUAAUGUGCUUCGUUCUUCAUCGGGCUCCGCUCUGGACCACAGUAACAGGCCAUCCAGUAUCAGCAGCUCUCGCAGUUGUAUAGAUAAAAAAGGUAAAGUUUCAUCAUCUGAGAGCUCCUCAUCUUCAGAUGAUCAUCGUAGCCGAAAGAGCUCAAAGUUGAAAAAGGGCAAAAAGUCCAAGAAGAGCUCUAAGAAAAAACAGAGCGAAUCAGAAGAUUCUUCUUCCUCUUCUGAGUCUUCCUCCUCCAAUUCAGCCAUCUCCUAUCGCAGCUCCAGCAGUAUUAAAAAGUGCCCAAAACAAGUAUCUGAUGAUGAUGAGAAGGAGCUUACAGGUCGUGGACAAACUGGCAAGAAGGAACCCAAGAAGAAGCAGAAGAAAAUGGAUAGCUUGGUGAUGAAGUACCUGUACAGGCCUGACAGUGACUGAUACCAAAAGAAGCCCUCCUGUGCGCCGGAGAGACACGAGUCUGCCCAGAUCAGAUGAAGAGGAUGAGGUGGAUGGAGACGGGGGACAGGCGCCGAGGCAGAUCAACUGUGAGGGCUCAUUGGCAGAGAACUCAUCAUAAC